AUGGAUUCCUUGCCAGACGCACGAUCUCCCAAUCUACACCUCGCUCACCCAACACAAAGCGAGAAUCUUUCGAUAUGGGUUGACUCAUCGGAAGAAUGGAAGGCAGCUCUGAGCGCUUCAGAGUACAUCGAUGAGGUGCUAAUCGAUAAAGCCCUCCCAGAAAACCAGCGAACUAUUCUCGCUUCAUGUGAAACGUUUCGGAAAAGCUCCCUUACCCAGGGUCUGGAUGGGACUGUCAAAGAUACAAUCACUCAUGGGGUUUCGAGUCUAUGCUGCGAACCUAAAUAUCGAGGUCGAGGCUAUGCUUCACGGCUGUUAGAUGAACUGUCGCAGCUGCUUCCAAGCUGGCAGACUGAUAGGAGGGAGUGCGUUGCAAGCAUCCUGUUUUCCGACAUUGGAGGAGACUUUUAUGGGAAUCGUGGAUGGCGCCCUUACCCCAGUCACAAUAUUGGAUUUGACCCGGCAUUUGUGCAAAUACCCUCUGCUAAGCCUAUACUGAUCACUGAUCUUGAUCCGCUAUGCAUACUCGAUGAGCAGCUCGUGCGGAAAUCCAUGGCAGCUGCAGGUCCAGGGAGAUUACGACAUACAAUCAUACCGGAUGGAAAAGUUUGCAUGCGAGAAGCUAUAUUUGGGAAAGUGCCCGAUAUAAAAGGGGCCAUCAUUGGAGACCUCGGAAAUAGAGUAUGGGUUCUCUGGAAGCACCGAUUCGAUGGGACUCCAGGAGAUAAGGAAGCGGCAAACACUCUGUAUAUUUUGGUUGUGGAGAACCGAACGGUUCUCCGGAGUUUUUCCACAGUGCCCGCGCAAUUGGUAGCUCUCCGUGAGGAGCAAGAACUUCUAGUCCGGAAGGAAACGAGGCUAGAUAAGGAAGCCACCGUUGAAUGGGUUGCAAUUGAAAAAUAUUGUUGA